CAGGAACGUUUCUGGACCGUUUCUUGAGAGCUGCGUACUAAGCUUUAUAUUUGAUAAUAAUGGAAAAGGAAGAUCAUAAUAAAGUGUCGCGCACCUCGAAGGAGCAAAUAGAGUGCUACCUUAACUUUGUGCAAGUUCAUCCUGAAAUAAAGUUGCACAAAAACGAUCCUUCGCGGCCAAAAAGAAUGGAGGAGCUUUGGGCGGAACUCUCCGCGCAAUUAAAUGCACUAAAAGGGCCCACCCGGAACCCCAACAAAUGGAGAGAGAAUCUGACCCAUUGGAAAAACCAAGUAAGGUCUCGCGCAAGGAAAGCCAAGGCGCACAAGCUGGUGACAGGUGGCGGUCCCAGCUCAACAAUAGAGCUCUCCGAAACGGAGCAGAGAGCGUUGGAUACGUUGGGGGCAGUCGCUGUUGAUGGGUUGACUGAGGUACCAGCCAUUGGCACAGAGGAAGAAGUAGUAUUCACAGCUGCACCAUCGCCCCUCAAUACGACUUCGGAUGCGUCCAAUGACGCCACUCCGUCAUCGUCUCGCAGAAAAAAAAUGACGACGGACGAAAUGUUCCGUAACUAUAUGGAUCUUAUGAAAGUUAAAGCCGAGGAGGAAAGAGAUUUCCGUAUAAAAACGUUAGACUCAAUUAAUAAACACACUGAGUCUAUCAAUAAUUUAGCGGCAGCGAUGGUGUCGCUUGCUGAAACUAUUGUGAAGAAAACAGAUGAGAAAAAAUGA